AUGACCCGCCCACGCGUCUUCUUCGACAUCACCAUCGGUGGAAAAGCCUCCGGGCGUAUCGUCAUGGAGCUCUACAAUGACAUCGUCCCAAACACGGCUGAAAACUUCCGUGCCCUCUGCACUGGAGAGAAGGGAACCGGAAAGUCCGGAAAGCCACUCCAUUUCAAGGGAUCCAAAUUCCAUAGAAUCAUUCCAAAUUUCAUGAUCCAAGGAGGAGACUUCACCCGCGGAAACGGAACCGGAGGAGAAUCCAUCUACGGAGAGAAGUUCCCAGACGAGAACUUCAAGGAGAAGCACACCGGACCAGGAGUUCUCUCUAUGGCCAACGCCGGACCAAACACCAACGGAUCGCAAUUCUUCCUGUGCACCGUCAAGACCGAGUGGCUCGACGGAAAGCACGUCGUCUUCGGACGUGUCGUCGAAGGAAUGGAUGUCGUCAAGGCCGUCGAAUCGAACGGAUCUCAGUCCGGAAAGCCACUCAAGGACUGCGCCAUCGCCGAUUGUGGACAACUUUAA